AUGGAAUGUGGAUAUCGAAAUGAAGGGAAAUUCCACCAAGUUGUACUGACCAUAAAGGAGAAAAUUGAAAAGCACGAUUUAAGCAAGUGGAAGGACAUUGUCAAGCCGGAAGAGGGUCCAAAAUAUGACGAAUAUUUUGAGCGGCUGCUGAGGGAGGGCACCCCCGAAAAGGACACCCACGAAAAGGACGCCCACGAGAGAGAUGAUCUAUCCGCCGAACAGGUGGAAGAAAUCCCCCCAGAGGGCUGCAAACCACCCGGGGAUGAAAAAAACAAAACGGAGUUUCAGCUCAACAAAGAAUUCUUCGACAAGAUAAGCAAUAAGGAAAAAUUUUACUUCCUACUGAACAUAAAAGAAAUGAUGGAAACGAGUUGGUUACUGGCACAAAAAAGGUUGGAGGGGAUUAAAUUGGAGGAAAAGUCCAAACCGGUUAACGUCCAGGACUUAAUAAAUUACUCCCAAAAAAUUGCAGACACGACAUGUGCCCCACCAGAAUGCGACAACAUAAACGACAAAAUAAUGCAUCAAGAAUAUUACCCCAAUUAUCAUUUUUUAAAUUUUGUAAAUGUAGAAGAAAUACAUUUGUCCAAACUAUUUCAGCUGCAAAAAUAUAGUACCGUUUGCUUCCCCCCAAUUAUCACCAUACAAGAGGGUAAGGACAACAUGCUCGUUGUUGACAUCACCUGCUCUACUCCCCACGUCACCAUUUAUUACAGAAUGAAUGAUGAGACAAAUGAGCAGAUAUAUAAUGCAGAUGACAAACCGCAAAUUAGGAAAAGAAAAAAGAUUAAUGUUUACGCCUGGUCAGUUAAAAAUGGACAUAUAAAAUCGAGAGUUUCGUGCAUUUCGAAAUCGUAUAAAGUCGAGGAUGAUGAUUCGUUUUCCUUAUCGGAUAAUCUGCCAAAUAAAGAACAGGGAGAACAACCGCCAGGCUCUUCCAAAACGGGUAUAGAGGCUAAUGCCCCUGGUAAGCCAUCUCAAAUUACAAAUGUCUUUAAAAAUUUAGGCUUUUUACUAAGCCGAAAAAAGGAAAAAACAGAGGAACCCUCAUCAAAUGGGGAGUCAUCG